AUGUAUCGCCGGUCCAGUCCGAAUGCCAUUGGGAGAAGGGGAGAAAAAGGAGCUUCGGCCUUUUCAAAGAUAAGAAUGCUGGGAAACGUUUCAGCCCACAGUUCCUUGCUGGGCCUACUACCAGAAUCCGGAGUCAACGAGAAAUUGAGAGGUGACGACGAAGCCACCUCCAUCUUUUCGAGUGGCCGUAGUUCCUCCGGCGUCCACCAUCGGCGUCACCGGCUUCUUCCUCUCCGGCAUGCAUCCCUUCCCGUCCAAUCCCACUUGACAGAAACGAAGAACAAGGAGAAGGAGGCAUAA